CUACAGCAAGCGCACGACGCACUUGGCCACAAGGGCAAGUUCGCCACUCGGCGGCACCUCCUGCUUCGGUUUUGGUGGCCGCACCUCGAUACCGACGUCAAUUGGUUUGACGACACCUGCCUCGAAUGCCAACGCCGCCGAACUCACCACGUCACGAUUCCGCCGACGGUCGCGUACCCCGCGCCGCUCUUUCGCAAGAUUUACUGCGAUACGAUGCACAUGCCACCCGCGAAUAAGUACAAGUACAUUGAGAUCGUGACUGACAACGGCCCCCAGUUCGUCGCCGCGACCGCCUGGCUUGCAAGCAAGUACGGCGUCCACCGCAUCCGGAUUUCGCCCUACAACUCACGCGCCAACCUCGUCGAACGCCGGCACUUCGAUGUCCGGGAAGCCAUCGUCAAGACAGCCGGGGAGGAUGUCGCCCACUGGUAUAAGUACGCGCACCACGUCUUUUGGGCUGAACGUGUUACAGUACAGCGAGCAACGGGUCAUUCACCCUUCUACAUGGCCCACGGUGUCGAACCCGUCCUACCCUUCGACCUCGAGGAAGCCACAUGGCUCGUCAACUACCCCACAGACGCCCCGCCGGCUUCCACUACCGACCUCCUUGCCGCCCGCGCUCGUGCUCUUCAAAAGCGCGACACCGAUCUUGAAGGGCUGCGCGACCGCGUCUUCGCCUCGCGUGUCGCAUCGACCACCCGCUCCGUCACUCGCAACGCGGCCAAGAUUGUCGACCACGACUUCCAACCCGGCGACCUCGUCCUCGUCCGCAACUCCGACAACGACAAGAACCUCUCGGGGAAAACCAACCCACGGUAUCUUGGCCCAAUGGUCGUCGUACGACGCAACACCGGCGGCGCCUACGCCCUCGCUGAGCUCGACGGCUCUCUCUCGCGUCUCCGCUACGCUGCCGCUCGCCUGGUACCUUACCGUGCCCGCUCCCGCAUUGAAGUCGAUAUCUCACACCUCACCGGACUCUCCGUCAACGACCUCAACGCCGCCACGACAGACGACACCGUCGAGGAACUACCGCCCGACUUGGACACCUCGGCGACCAAACCUAUAUACCCGGCGCGCACGGACGACGUCUUCGCCGUUGCCGCCUCGCGUUCGCACACACAAAUUUUUUCCUCACAACCGUUCGUCGGUUCUUGCUCUCCAUAUCCGUCUCACCCAUCACUUCCUGGCUGUGCUCGUUCGGGCUCUCGCUGA